AUGUUCCUGGACAGCGGAGUCCGGGGGCAACCAGUCGAGCCUGACAAGGACAUCUUCACGCCCUCUGGAGAGCUGAUGAAAGGGCCAUCACACCACCGAGAGGAGGACACCGAAGCGACUGAAAGGAUAGCUAGUGUCUUUAGAGCAAGACAAACUGGCAGCGUGGAACAACAGCUUCUUGUUGGUGCGACAGACAACCUGGUUGCCGAGGGUGAGAAGCCUUUGCCGACCCCUUUGCCGACGAAAAACGACACCGCGGCUAUUUGGAUCACGCGGCCGUUGAACGACACAAUUUUGCCCUUGGGGGACGUUUUCCUGACUUUCGAAACGCACGGAUUUACGCCAGCCGUGGAGACUCCGAUCGAGGCAAGUAUGAGUCGAGGAGCCACAUUUCGCUUCUCGAGCGUGCUCACGUCUCAAAACGGGGACACACCGUUCCUCCUGGAGAAAGGCAACUCUAUAAUCCUGUCUUCGGAUAUACCGUGCACUCAACAAGUCACAUUGUACGCAACCGUUAGAGGGGAACGCGUAUCGGCGUCAGUCCUGUUUUCCACGGUUCUGGGCAGAGAAGCGAUACUGUCGGCCAGGACACCGUUGCCGUCCGGUGUUGUGUGGGGUCGUCCGCGUUCGAUGGUAUGCCCUCCCUUGAUACGCGAACACAAGAAGGGCGAUAUUUUUGCCAGCUUACCCAAGGGCGACAAGAGUACCUGGCAGACGCACGAGGGUGGGACGGACGUGAUGGUUGGGAAAGGAGGACUCUGUUGUAGUAGUGGAAGUGCAGAAUCACAGCGAUGCGAUUCCGGCGAGGAGGCGAUCGAGGGGCUUCCGCGUCCGAUAUCCCUCGUGUAUGUGGGGUCCUUGAGUCUAGACGGUCAAAAACACAUCUGGUUGCAGCAGCUGGAACAGCUUCCUCGGGUGCGGUUCGCUGCAAAGUUUUUGACGUUCGAAGAACAAGAGGGGACACGAGGCAGCACCGCAGGCGCUUGGAAGACCAACGCCGCCGAGAGUUUCAAGCAGAGGCUGAGUCGUGCCGGCGUGCCGCUGGUCACGGUACGGUUGCCGCAAGUUAACUCGAGUUGGAUACACGAUACUAUUGGCAGGCAAGCACCUACCAACACUCUAAAAGAGAUGGCCUUCAGGACUGUGCUCGAGAGCUUCCACCGUGCGGGGGGCAAUCCGCAUGUGAUGAGCCCUCAGUGGACCGGAGAAAUUUUUCAACACAUCGCGGAUGCGGUCCAGAGUGCCUCUCCAGACGUGCUAGUCAUGGCCAAUGGGAAAACAUUGGGGGACGAUGUCCUUACGAAAGCCGCUCGGUGGGCAAUGCGCGACAACAGCGGCUUCAAGAUUGUGAUGGACUUCCCAAACAUUGGACCCUCCCUGGGCGUAGAUGUUGAUGUGAUAGCCACACCGUCGCACUACGUGGCCCGGCAUCCGGACACCCAAGCUCUGGCCGCGGCGGCCGGGGCAGAGGUGGUGGUCAUUCCUCCCGGGGUUCCGGUCGCGUCUCCCCUAUCACAGGCGAAAACCCUCCUUGCUGACGAAUUGCUGUCUCCCGGCAGAACGUCGGGAGAGCUGCGUCGUGAAUGCGUCUGCGACAGCGGCAUGCUGAACAAGCUCGGAUGUUGUGACCCAGCCUGCCACGUGAGGAAAUAUGAGACUGUUUUAGACAAACUCGUUCACGCCGCUGCAAGCGCGGUGUUGGCCAUGCUUUGGCCGAUACAAGUGGUCGGCUUUGCAGGUCGUUUAGCCCCCGAGAAGGGCCCUGGUCUGUUCAUGGUCGUUGCUGAGGCCCUCGCAAAACUUAUUCCUUCUGCUGUUUUCAUCGUCGUGGGAGACGGCCCCCUCAGAACCUCCUUGGAAGCAGCGGCUGAGAGAAUGGGAAUAGCGAGGUGA